GAGGCGGCGGCGGCAGAGGAGAGAGCGGGAGGAGGGACGCGAGGCAGGAAGAGGGCAGCCGAAGGCCGGGCCAGGUGGCUGGAGCGGGCACCGGCUGCGCUGCGCUGCUCUCGGUUCCGACGGCCUCUCUCAUGCGCUGAGGGCGCCCGGCUGGGCCGGACCGGCGGCCGGAGGGGAGGCUCCUCUCCAUGGUCCAGAAGACCAGCAUGUCCCGGAGCCCUUACCCACCCUCCCAGGAGAUCCCCAUGGAGGUGUUCGACCCCAGCCCGCAGGGCAAAUACAGCAAGAGGAAAGGGCGGUUCAAAAGGUCGGAUGGGAGCACGUCCUCGGAUACCACGUCCAACAGUUUUGUCCGCCAGGGCUCGGCAGAGUCCUACACCAGCCGACCCUCGGACUCUGACGUGUCUCUGGAGGAGGACCGGGAAGCCCUAAGGAAGGAGGCAGAGCGCCAGGCAUUAGCCCAGCUUGAGAAAGCCAAGACCAAGCCGGUGGCAUUUGCUGUGCGGACAAAUGUCGGCUACAACCCAUCUCCUGGGGAUGAGGUGCCAGUGCAGGGAGUGGCCAUCACCUUCGAGCCCAAGGACUUCCUGCACAUCAAAGAGAAAUAUAAUAACGACUGGUGGAUCGGACGACUGGUGAAGGAGGGCUGUGAGGUUGGCUUCAUCCCCAGCCCCGUCAAGCUGGACAGCCUGCGCCUCCUGCAGGAACAGAAGCUGCGCCAGAACCGCCUCAGCUCCAGCAAAUCAGGUGACAACUCCAGUUCCAGCCUAGGAGAUGUGGUGACUGGCACCCGCCGCCCCACGCCCCCUGCCAGUGCCAAACAGAAGCAGAAGUCGACAGAGCAUGUGCCCCCCUAUGACGUGGUACCUUCCAUGAGACCCAUCGUCCUGGUGGGACCGUCGCUCAAGGGCUACGAGGUUACAGACAUGAUGCAGAAAGCUUUAUUUGACUUCUUGAAGCAUCGAUUUGAUGGCAGGAUCUCCAUCACUCGUGUGACAGCGGACAUUUCGCUGGCUAAGCGCUCGGUCCUCAACAACCCCAGCAAACACAUCAUCAUUGAGCGCUCCAACACACGCUCCAGCCUGGCUGAGGUUCAGAGCGAGAUCGAGCGAAUCUUCGAGCUGGCCCGGACCCUUCAGUUGGUCGCUUUGGACGCUGACACCAUCAAUCACCCAGCCCAGCUCUCCAAGACCUCACUGGCCCCCAUCAUUGUUUACAUCAAGAUCACCUCUCCAAAGGUACUUCAGAGGCUCAUCAAGUCCCGAGGGAAGUCUCAAUCCAAACACCUCAAUGUCCAAAUAGCGGCCUCAGAGAAGCUGGCACAGUGCCCCCCCCCCCCGCCCCUAACCCCGACUCCACAGGAAAUGUUUGACAUCAUCCUGGACGAGAACCAAUUGGAGGAUGCCUGCGAGCACUUGGCCGAAUAUUUGGAAGCCUAUUGGAAGGCCACACACCCGCCCAGCAGCACUCCGCCCAAUCCGCUGCUGAACCGUACCAUGGCUACUGCAGCUCUGGCCGCCAGCCCUGCCCCUGUCUCCAACCUCCAGGGACCUUACCUUCCUUCCGGGGACCAGUCGCUGGAGCGGGCCACCGGGGAGCACGCCAGCGUGCACGAGUACCCCGGGGAGCUGGGCCAGCCCCCAGGCCUUUACCCCAGCAGCCACCCACCUGGCCGGGCAGGCACCCUGCGGGCACUGUCUCGCCAAGACACGUUUGAUGCCGACACUCCUGGCAACCGAAACUCUGCCUACACGGAGCUGGGAGACUCAUGUGUGGACAUGGAAACGGACCCCUCAGAGGGGCCAGGGCUCGGAGACCCUGCAGGGGGCAGCACCCCACCGGCCCGGCAGGGAUCCUGGGAGGAUGAGGAAGAAGACUAUGAAGACGAGCUGACCGACAACCGGAACCGCGGCCGGAAUAAGGCCCGCUACUGCGCCGAGGGUGGGGGUCCCGUUUUGGGGCGCAACAAGAAUGAGCUGGAAGGCUGGGGGCGAGGUGUCUACAUCCGCUGAGAAACAGAGGCCACGCAGUGGGGGGUGGGGAAGGGCUCUGAGCCCCGGGGAGGUAAGGGACCGAGGGGCUCACCACCGGGGGUGUAUCUUUCCUCCAGGGGGCGCUGUCUCCCUCUCAGAUGCCUUCACCGGAUGUUUGGGGUUUCUUUCGUGGUAGCAUCCUAGCUCCCGGGAUUCCCUUAAAGCCUGGCUGUAGGUUUUCACCUACCUGGUGUGGAUGGAUGGGGGGAUGCCCACCUUUCUGCAGUGUCCCCUUUCCCCCGCUUCAGGGGGCUCUCUCCCCUCACUCCCAGAGAAAAGGUGCACUUCCUUAACUCUUUCUACUUGGGGCUCUAUAUAGGGGUCCUAAAUGGGGUAGCCCUUUCUUUCCCCAACCUGGAGUAUUUGGGAAGAUUGAGGGGGCUUUUCCUGGAGAGGGAGAGCAUAGACUCCUUCCCAUGAGGGCUGUCUUCCCCAAACCCCAGAUCCAGGGUCCCUCCCCGUGCCCACCUCUCUCCCAGCUUCCUGGCACUAUCGUCUGGUGGGUGAAAGGUAGAGA